UGUGGUAUACGGAGGAUGUUGUGGUGGUAUACAGAGGACGGGGGCGUUGUGGUGGUAUACAGAGGAUGGGGUUGUUGUGGUGGUAUACAGAGGACGGGGGCGUUGUGGUGGUAUACAGAGGAUGGGGUUGUUGUGGUGGUAUACAGAGGACGGGGGCGUUGUGGUGGUAUUAUGGGCGUCUCUGCCUCCACUCCGCCUACUGCGCCCCCUGGUGGAGCCCCAACUACAGGCUCCGCCCCAUCCCCUCCCCCAGGGUGUCCGAUGCACGACAAGAAGACAGAAGCUUCAGGAUGCCCGAUGCACAAAGAUGUUCCGCAGCAGCAGAGCUGCUCUGGUCCGGCCCAUCAGGAGAGAGCGUACGAGUAUGUGCAGUGCCCAAUGAAAGCCGGCGCCAAAGACGACAUAGACCCCAGUAAUAUGAUGCCUCCUCCAAACCAGACCCCGGCGCCCGACCAGCCCUUCCCACUCUCACUGGUCAGAGAAGAGUCCACCAUUCCCUGUGCCAGCGCGGAGAAGAACUGGGUGUAUCCAUCCGAGCAGAUGUUCUGGAACGCGAUGCUCAGGAAGGGGUGGAAAUGGAACGAAGACGAGCUGAAACCUGAGGAUAUGAGCAACAUCAUCAAGAUCCACAACAAGAACAACGAGCAGGCCUGGUCCGAAAUCCUGAAGUGGGAAGCUCUCCACGCUAGAGAAUGCCCCUGUGGUCCGACUCUUGUUCGUUUUGGUGGUAAAGCCAAGGAGUUCUCGCCGCGGGCCCGUAUCCGGUCGUGGAUGGGAUAUGAACUUCCCUUUGAUCGUCACGACUGGGUUGUAAAUCGCUGCGGACAGGAAGUGCGUUACGUCAUCGAUUAUUACGAUGGAGGAAACGUGGAUAAAAACUAUCAGUUCACGAUCCUGGACGUGCGCCCGGCCUUUGACUCCAUGACGGCGGUGUGGGACCGGAUGAAGGUUGCCUGGUGGCGCUGGACGUCGUGAAUCAAAGAGAAUUGAUAGAGUGUAUAUAGGAAAAACGUAUGAAAUGUUUGUCUGAUCUCUAAUAAAUAUUAACCCUGCGGUGUC